AUGGCAGCUCCUAAAAAUUUCUAUUUUGUGAUUGUUGGACAUAAUGACCAGCCGUUAUUCGAAAUGGACUUUCCGAUCACUGAUAAGAAGUCAAAGGAGAUGGAGAAUAGCAGACAUCUCAACCAAUUCAUAGCUCAUGCGGCUCUUGACAUUGUCGACGAACAAGCUCUAACCAGCAAUCAGAUGUAUUUGAAGGUGAGGCUGAACCUUAUGAUUAUCUCCUAGUA